AAAGAAAGUUAGAAAAGGGAGGGAAACACACAUAAACCCUAACACACAUCAACCCUCCAAUUUCCAAAACAAACUCAUUUCCUACGUGUCCCUGUUUCUCUCACUAGAAUAUGAAGCACAGUUAAGCGUAUACCAAUUGCUGACCCGAGCCUAUGCAAUUCGUGCUGUGAGAAAUUUCGCACGGGUAUCCAUAGCUUCGAAAAGGGUUGCUGUUUGAGUGGGUGAAAACUGGACUGUUGUUUUUUUGUUGAAAAGAAGAGACCUUUUUGAGUUCAAAGUUAGUCCCUUUUGAACUAUAAUAAAAAAAAAAAAUGGCGAGGCUCCUCCGAAACGCUUCGUCUCUGAGACGCUCCCUGUUGCCCCAAUUGCAGGAACCUAUGAGGGGUUUAUUGGGUACAUCUACACAGUUAUGCAACUUUUCUGCUAAAGGUAAAAAGAAAACAAAAUCAGAUGCGAGUGACUCUGGUGAAGAAAAUUUGUCAAAGAAAGAUCUAGCACUGAAGCAAGCUUUGGAUCAAAUCACAGCAUCAUUUGGGAAAGGGUCCAUUAUGUGGCUUGGUCGUACAGUUUCUUAUAAGAAUAUUCCAGUGGUGUCUACUGGGUCAUUUGCUUUGGAUAUUGCUUUAGGAAUAGGAGGACUUCCUAAGGGACGUGUUGUGGAGAUAUAUGGGCCAGAAGCUUCCGGAAAAACUACUCUUGCGUUGCAUGUUAUUGCUGAGGCACAAAAACAAGGCGGUUAUUGUGUUUUUGUUGAUGCUGAGCAUGCUCUCGAUCCAUCUUUAGCCGAGGCUAUUGGAGUAAACACCCAAAAUUUGCUUCUCUCACAACCAGAUUGUGGUGAGCAAGCUCUAAGUCUGGUGGAUACCCUAAUUAGGAGUGGUUCAGUAGAUGUUGUCGUUGUUGAUAGUGUGGCUGCUUUGGUUCCUAAAGGUGAACUUGAUGGUGAAAUGGGAGAUGCACACAUGGCAAUGCAAGCAAGACUUAUGAGUCAAGCACUUCGUAAAUUGAGCCACUCCAUUUUUGAAAUGAAAUCUGGAAAUACAUCAGAGUGUCAAUCUAAGGUGCGGGCAAAACUAUCCACCUUUGGAUUUGGUGGUCCCACCGAAGUUACUUGUGGUGGAAAUGCCUUGAAAUUCUAUGCUUCCGUACGUCUUAAUAUUAGGAGAACUGGGCUGGUCAAGAAGGGUGACGAGACAAUAGGAAGCCAAGUCUCCGUGAAAAUCGUGAAGAACAAGCACGCCCCACCAUUCAGAACUGCCGAGUUCGAGCUCGAGUUCGGCCGCGGCAUCUCUCGGGAGGCCGAACUCAUAAACUUGGGAUGCAAACACAAAUUCAUCACAAAGGCCUCUGCAUUUUUAUAUUUGGGGGGACAAACUUUUAAAGGCAACGAAGCUCUCAAGAAAUACCUAUCAGAAAACGAAAGCGCAAGAAACGAGCUCAUAAGUAAGCUUAGAGAGAAACUGGUUGAAACCGAGCCUGAAAGUGAGAAUGAAUCCGAGUCUGAAAGUGGGAAUGAAUCUUCUGUGGGUCCCGCUGACGAGGCUGCUGCUUCGUCUGACACGACUGAUGAAGAAGUUGUUACUGCUGUUGAGGCUUAGUUGGUAUGACUUCCGAUCAAGAAAAAAAAAAUAUAUAUCUUUCUGAUGCCGUUUGCUCUAAAUUUUUGCUUGUUAGGGGGGAAAAGCCAAAGAAAAAUUGAUGUGGGUAGGCUUUUGUCGAGCAAUGUUCGUCGGUCAUGGGGGGUUGACUUUUUUCGAGUGGAGAUACACGGAAAAAAUCUAAGCUUUUAGUUGCCCGUUUCAGGUCGUGUAGACUGAAAUUUUGUGACUGGGUUUGUAUCUGUUCUGGCGGUAAGUUGAGUGAUUAACUGUUGCUGUUGCUGAUGGUGAAGUUCCCAGUUUAUGACUUCAGCUGCAUUUUCUCAUGUCAAAACUGAUAUUCUCUUGUAGAUGUAUGCAAGUAAA